UAGAUUGUACGGAAUGUUUCAGGAUAUUCCUGUCGCUGAAUGACAUGCAGUUUAGUGGGCCAGUAAAACUCAUUUAAACCAAGAACUCUUGUGCCAGCCCAUUAGUCUCCAGUCGUCUAAGCUCACGUAUGUCCUUCCGUUCUCUGAGAAUUGAAACUUCAAAGCCGAGAGCUUGAUCUGAUCGCAGGAACUCUUGUGUUUGGCUGCAAGGAUAAGCAAACAGACAGAUUUUAGAUCAAAGAUGCCUAUUGUCACAGUACGGUCGAAUCUCCCCAGCGCCAGCCCAGACUUCCAGGGCAAGUUUUUUGAAUUCCUCAAAGAUCUUCUCAAAACUCCGAGAGUCAUCAUAACCCUUGAAUUCGGAAAAGACAUGACCAAUGGCGGUUCCACUAACCCGACUAUUCUGCUUUCACUGGCGGCCGUCAAUCGCCUUCACAGAGAUACAAUGCCACGGUUACACAAAGCCAUUGCUGAAUUCUUAAGUACAACAUUGAACGUUUCCUUAGAGAGCAUCUUGAUAGUGUUUUCAAAGCCGGCGUGUGAUGAAGUGAGUUUUGCAGGCAAACCUCUGCCCGAAUUUCUGGCAAGAGAUCGAGAUGUUGAGUUCUGGCAGGAUUAGACCCAACAUCGCAGACAAGAAGGAAAGCAGCAUUGAUGACUUCAAAUCAUUACUGGUCAUUUUCCACCGACAUAUUUUUUGUCCUCUCGGAAACUCGUAGUAAAAAUAAAACUAUAAUAAUGCAUGACAGCCCCCAUCAAAAGACCUCAGGUGAUUUACAAAUGGGAUAACAAUGCAUAAACAGUCCAUAGUGUUCUGACUAAAAAAUCUCUCUGCGUAAUGAAUUGUAUUAAUUUAAAACCUUAAAUAACUUAAGUUGGUAUUUGAAUUAGAUUUUUUUUUUUAAUUACCGAGAAAAGUAUUCCAGAUCUUGAGGCCAUGGUACUGGUCAUGGUAUGCUUUUUCAUCAGUUAUUUUAAGUUCCAUUGAUAGUCAAAGUAAUUUGUUCUUAUCAGCUGAUGACUUUAAACUGCGAGUUGGAAUGUUCAGUUUUAACUGAUUUGAUGAUGAUGCAUUAUGAUUCAAGCAUUUAGUUACAUAGAGAGGCACACCUUGUUAUAAUAUUUGAAGUGAAGUAUAGCAUAAUAUUAUAAUAUGGAUCUUUUCCCCUCCUUGAAUGUAGAAUUAUAAUAUAUUGCUUGCAUUCAUCUUCACAUGAGUGUCAGAGAGCAUUAAUGAACAAAUGACUGAUCUACAGAUGAAUAAACCUCCCUGACAUUACGUGACUUGUACGCAAAAUGUCACCAAACAAGUGACAAUGUGAUAUGAGUGCCUACAUGACUUUAACAUGUCCAUUAAAUAUGUAAAUAACAUU